GAAGGCGCGCCUCGAUUGGCGCCGAGGUGACAAAGGGGCGUGGCAUCCUUCGACCACGCCCCUCCAGAGGCUGGAGUACUUAAAGGAGUUGGCGGCGCGUCUCCACUCAGAGCGCAGCGGCACGGCCUCGCGGGUGGAGUGCCUCGCGACCCCUGUGCGAACCGGCGACCCCCGGCUGCUUUGGCCACCAUGCCGCGCUCUUUCCUCGUCAGGAAGUCCGCCUGCUCCCGCCGGAGGCCCAACUACAGCGAGCUGCACGACUCUUCUCCAGAGUUUACCUUCCAGCAGCCCUACGACCAGGCCCACCUGCUGGCGGCCAUCCCGCCUCCCGAGGUCCUCAACCCCACGGCCUCUCUGCCCACGCUCAUCUGGGACUCUCUCCUGGCGCCCCAAGCCCAGCCCAUCGGCUGGGCCGCCCUUCUGCCCCAGGAGGUCCCCAAGGCUGCGGAGCUGACCUCCCUGUCGGACGACGACAGCGGGAAAGGCUCGCAGCCGCCCAGCCCCCCCUCGCCGGCCCCUUCGUCCUUCUCCUCCACCUCGGCCUCUUCCCUGGAGGCCGAGGGUUACGUUGCCUUCCCAGGCCUGGGCCGGUUGCCCGCGCAGCUGGCCGGGCUCUCCGUGGCCAAGGACUCCCAGACUCGCAAGGCCUUCAGCUGCAAGUACUGCAACAAGGAAUACCUCAGCCUGGGCGCCCUCAAGAUGCACAUCCGCAGCCACACGCUGCCCUGCGUCUGCGGCACCUGCGGGAAGGCCUUCUCCAGGCCCUGGCUGCUGCAGGGCCACGUGCGGACCCACACCGGAGAGAAGCCCUUUUCCUGCUCCCACUGCAGCCGAGCCUUCGCCGACCGCUCCAACCUUCGGGCCCACCUCCAGACCCACUCGGAUGUCAAGAAGUAUCAGUGCAAGACCUGCUCCCGAACCUUUUCCCGCAUGUCCCUGCUGCACAAGCACCAAGAGUCAGGCUGCUCGGGGGGCCCCCGAGCCCCCCGCUGACCCUCAAAGCUCCUUCUGCCUCUCCAGACCCUCCCCCGGCCAUUGCGGCCUCCAUGCUUCCAACUGCCACGGAAUUCCCUUCUGAGCUCCCCCUUUUGGCUGCGUUUGCCCCGCAGGACUCUGAGGACCUUUUUCCAGUUCUCUCUGCCCUGGUGCCUCGGUGGGCUCUGAGAGAGGCCUUCCCGUGGACGUUUCUGUGAACGGCUGGUGGGGAGGGUGGCGUGCAGCCAAGCGUUCUGGAGUUGGCCUCUCUGUGUGGGUUUGUGUAUCCAAAGGUGUUUGGAUACAGCUGCUUUGAGCUCCGGGACAAAAGCAGACAGACUGAUAGGAAGCUCCCCCCACUCAGGGGAACCCACUCCUCCCCCACCCGGAACCCUCAGGCCACCCCUCCAGGAGGUGUGACUAACCGCGCAGGUUCACCCCCAGGGCCUGUGGGGGCGGUCACUGACACAAGGACUGGUCUGGACCCCAGGUUGCCCCCGGGCCUGGGCAGCUAUUUCAGCCUCCUGUUUGUCAUGGUGGCACCUGUUUCAUGGGCAAUUUAACAACGUCUCAAAAGAGACUGUGAGUAAUUGCUGUCACUUGUUGGGGGCCCGAGUGGGGUGCUUCAGCCUGACCGAUGUGUCUCCCAGAACUAUUUUUGGGGUCUGACAGGUGGGCCUGGGAGGAAGAUGUUUACAUUUUUAAAGGUACACUGGUAUUUAUAUUGCAAGCAACAUUUUGUACUAAGGAAACGUUUUGUAUAGUUAUAUGUACAGUUUAUUGAUAUUCAAUAAAGUGGUUAAUUUAUGUAUUAA